CGAAACCGGUCGCGGUAUCUUCUUUUGAUUCUUUCAGAAAUGAAUUCUGUCUGAGUCUCUCGUAACUACAAAGUGGUUGUAAAAAUUAACUAAACACAAUUAUAGUGCCUCUAUAAUUUUUUCCAGUACUGUAUAUUGUAUUUGUCUCUCCUCUAUUUUUUUAACGUCAUUUAACCCAUCAUUUUUAGAUAGUAGUUUAAUUUCAUCUCGUGUUCAAUUACAUUUUGAUGAUUUAUUAUGGGUUGUAAACGAUGCACAACUAAAAUCAGCAAUGAAUGCCUAUUCAGAAAUAACAAAAUUAAUGAAAAAAGCAUCAGAUCAACGAAAAAAAAAAGCACAAGAUACAUUAAUUAAAAUGGAACAAUCUCAAUCAUCAAUGUUUCAACCUCAAAAACCGACAACUGGCGAUAAUAAUUUACCAUCAUCGGCAUCAAUCACACCUUCAACACCAAAUACCAACGAUACAUUUACACGUUAUGAUGUUGUUGAAACAUCACUACAUUUAUCUAUAAAACGAUUUGAUUUUCAUGUUGUAGCUGAUGUCGAUGUAUUAAGUGAUCGUUUAGCUGAAGGAGGAGCACUUCAAAUGUCUAUUGCUAAUUUAACAGUUGAUCAUUAUCCCUAUCAUCAGUUUGGUUCAUCUAAAAAACAUUGGACCAAAUAUAGUGAAGUACAAUCGACUAAUCGAAAUGAGUGGGCAAAUAGAUUAUACACUCAAUGGCAAGAAGAAUUCGAAAAAGCUAAAGAAAAAGCUGUUAAAGAUGAAAUAUCUGUUAAAUUAGAAAAAGCUAUACAAUCAAAUCGUAUACGUUUAUUUGAAUCGUGUAGUGUAAUAAAUAUUGACGAUUUAGUUUUACAUCAAGUAUCAUUGACACUUGAUAAACGAGAUAAACAUGUAAAAGAUCAACGUCGACGUCGACCAUUUAUAACCUCUGAUCGAUCACGUUAUCAAUUACCAGAAUUUUGGGGUAUUCUCAAUAUACAAUUUACAGAAUAUUAUUAUCCGGAUCCUUAUGCAUUUCCCGUUCCAAACAGUGAUUUGUAUAUUCAACUAUUACCUGUUCGAUUUAUUGUUGAUUUUAGUACAUUUAGUUGGAUAGACGCGUUUAUCACCACGGUUUCGAUGACAAUGGAUAAAGCAAUACCAGUUGAACCAAGUGAACCCGAACAUAUGGCCAUAAAAAUUGAUGCCAUGUUACCUAGAGUUGUUAUUAUCUCUGAUAUGUUUUCUUCAUCUUCAUCGCCUACUUCUACUAAAAACGAAAUCACUUCAUCCGAUUCAAAUACAUCGUCCUUAUUUCGAAAUGAAUCUAUGGGAUGUGAUACAUUAGAAUUAAUAUUUUCUAAAUUAUUGAUAACAAAUACGCGUAUAGAUCCAUCAAGUUCAACAACAGUGUUGGAAAAACAUUUAGAUUUAUUUAAUAAAAAGCAGGCAUCUGGUAUAUCGUUUUUUGAUCAAAUAGAUUGGCCUCUAUCAACCGAUCCCGCCAUUAAAUCAAGAAUAAGUCCAUUAUUCAAAUCAAAACUCGAAGAAUCAUAUUUAUAUCAAAAUCCAUUAAAUAAUAAUAAUAAUUCAAAACAAGUAAAAGAACCAAAAUCAUCGACAACUGCUCUUCAACCAUAUUAUACAAUGACAACUGAUUCAUUAAAAAAAUCAUCGAACUAUGAUAUUUGGCAUUUUAUCGGUGAAAGUAUUUGGUGUGAUUAUAAUCUAGGCACAUCAACAGGAAAACAAUCUAUGAUAGAUUCCUUAACCGUUAGUGGAUGGGUGGUUGUCGAUGAAAGGCAAAAAGAUAAUGAGCCAAAAUUAUUAAAUAUAUUAUCUGUAAUCGAAGGUAAUUCAGUACUUAAAAUUACUCAAAAACAGUAUACAUUUUUGAUGAAAUUAGCUGAUGAAAUUAGUCUAUUUUCGGAUGCAUUGGAUCGAACUAAAUUAAAAAGUAAUUUAAUUAAACGAAAAACAUCUAAAGAGAUAGAUGAAGAGAUGAAAAUAAUAUUAUGUUUAACAACACCAUCACAAUUUACAUUAGCUGUUUUGGAAUCAUUGGAAGAAUUAGGGGGAACACAAUUGCCAAUCUCUCAAAUUGGUACAACAAGCGAUACUACAUCGGAUAGUGGACGAGAUACAACUAUUUCAAAUCUUGUUAUGGAUGUUGAACCAAAUGUAACGUUGCAAGAUUCAACAGAUAUUAAUUUAGGUAACUUGAUGGUUAUGUCUUAG